GGCAUCCUCCUGGACGUCAUCAACAUUCUGAGUAGGCGUGCUAGGCCGCGCCAACUCCUCUAACGAGAAAUCAGGGUACCUCCCAUAGCUUGCAGCUGCGGGAGCGUUGCUGCGUCUUUUCCUUGUUGGUGGAUUAUCAUCCCCAGAAUCACGUAGUCUCGCUGGCAGGCGUCUGCAAUGCAUUGCGUUAUCACUUGUGUAGCGCAUUACAUAACUCGUUUCGGUGAUGUUUGCAUGGGGAUGGUGCAAUCCGUGUCCGUCCCAUGAGGUUGAUCCGCGACCGUCCUCUCCACUCGGCGUGCGUCAUCGAACUGUACGAUGAAGCACCGUCACUGGAAACAUUUUGCAAUCCGCAAUGGGGUAUCUGUGCUCGCGCACCGCCUGAUGGUAAUCGAAGAGGGGAAGGUUGGGCAAAAUACCAUGCUGCCCGUCUUCCAACAGCCACCUGCUGCUAAUUGUGCUCACCUGGGACACACCGUCGUGCGUGUAACUGACCACGCAGAAAUGCCACAGCGGCAUAUCUGUAGAAGCCAUGACAUGCGUGAUUACCGUGAGCUUUCCACUCCCGGACGCCCCCGCAAAAGCGGGUACGCGGGCAACACAGCCAACCACAGACUACAGAUCGAACACACAGAUCGAACAACUUCCUUUGUAUUAAUUUUGGACCAAUCAUGCAUCUACAUAGAAAGUCGACGGACUGCCUUUCUAUUGGUUCGUAAAUGAC